AACAAUCAUCGUCAAUCACUAAAGCAUGGAUCAUCAUCAGUAGAGCUAUCAUCAACCAAAGAUCUUGGACUGAGUAUAUCAAACAACAAACCAAUCUUGCCAGGCUCACUACCUGACAAUCUGCGCUACUUGAGCUUUCAAUACAAAUUUGAUCAGCCACUUGUGCCUGGAGCACUGCCAUCAUCACUGCUGGAGCUAUCACUCGGUGGCCUGUACAACAGACCGUUUGAGAAUGGUGUACUGCCUCCCUCACUCACCAGUCUCGUGCUGAGCACCGACUUUGAUCAACCAAUCAAACCACAUUCACUGCCUCCAUCGCUCACCUCGCUGGUCUUGGGAAUGAACUUCAACCAACCCCUGAUGCCCGGGUCACUUCCACCAUCCCUUCGUAUACUACUGUUCAGUGUAGAAUUCAAUCAACAGAUCACACCAGGUCUCCUACCUCCAUCACUCACUGAACUGAGCUUCUUUGAUCAGUUCCAGCAGGUGCUGCCCCCUGGAUCCCUACCCAACUCGAUCGAAACACUGAGGUUCUCUUACUUCUCCUCAUUCAAUCAUCCCAUUGCCAUACUUCCAACAUCAUUACGCGAUCUUACAUUUGGCUAUUCAUUCGACCAGCCGAUCAAGGUUGGUCUUCUGCCGCCGACCCUCAUCAAGUUGUCAUUUGGCUCAUCAUUCAAUCAACCAAUUGGGACUGGUGUCCUGCCCACCUCACUUACAUCACUAAGAUUUGAUCGAGAUUACAAUCAACCAUUGAUCAGUCUACCAAUCAAUCUACGUCAACUUGGUAUAUACUUUAUACGUCGACAAGGUGUACUACUCAACUGUCUACCAGACCAUCAUCAUCAUCAUCAUCAUGACUACAGCAAGAUGAUGAUGGAAGUCAGCAUAAGAGAGACAAUCAAUUAUAUAACAGAUAUUAUAGAUUAUAGUAUAACAUCAAGUAUUAGUAAGCUAAAGUUCAACUCUAGUAUCAAUUCACGUCUAAAGUUGUUUGAAUGUAUUCGGAAGAUGAUGAACAAAGUGCCCAAUGUAGAUACAUAUCAAAUACAAUAUAGUGGAUUAUCAAUGAAUACCUAUCAAGUACGUUAUAUAGAUGAUCAACAUAAUACUCUACUACUUGUUGACUGUUCAACAGACAAGUAUGAAGGCAAGAUAUAUUUC